CUCGUACGUCCCAGGCACUCAAAUAUAAUUGUCAAGUGGUGCUACGACGUUCCUCAACGUUUAAUCUUUGAUUUGUAAUUAUUUUUAUUACGCUGCAGUUAAUAGCGAAAUGAAAAUAGCUGUCGUUGGUGGUGGGGUCGUCGGAUUAACGACGGCCGGAUUUGUACAAGCGGGGUACUUUCAUAACGCUGACAUAACAGUCUUGGCAUCAGAUUUUGAUAAUACCGUCAGUCAUGUAGCAGCGGGGAUCUUUAGAGUCGGCGCUUCAUUCUGUGGUCCUAGUGAGGCAAUAACAAGACACUGGAUAAAAGAUUCUUACGAAUUUUAUGAUGCCCUUCGAAAAAUGAACGAUGCCUCCCGUGCUGGAGUGACUGCUAUUUCUGGAUAUAUAUUCGCAAAUUCAUCUCCGAAUGUUGUUAAGAAUCAUUGGCUAGAAGACGUGGUGCCGGUAUAUAGAAGAGCGAACGAAGAAGAAUUAAAACUGGUUAAUGGCACGUGGAAGUAUGGAUCGUACUUCUCGACUCUUCUCACGCAAAGCACGCUGUAUCUUCCAUGGGCUAGACAACGAUUGCACGCAAACGGAAUUACGUUCAAGCAGAGAGACGUGAAUUCUCUCAAAGAAUUGAUUGACGAUUACGAUAUUAUAAUAAAUUGCACCGGGCUUGGAGCGCGCCAAUUAUGCAACGACAGACGUCUCGUUUCUCUGCGUGGCCAAGUGCUCAAAGUAAAGGCACCUUGGAUGAAAAUGUUCUUUUAUGGCGAGCUCGAUACUUACGUCAUACCAGGCUUCAACGGUGUAGUUACUUUAGGUGGCUCGAGAAGCUUCGAUUCCGAAAAUAUGAACGUGUGUCCGUACGAAUCCGCAGCGAUUCGCGAAAGAUGCGAGACGCUAGUUCCGUCCUUGAAAAAUGCGAAAAUCUCACGGCAAGAAGUCGGCUUGCGACCACACCGGGAAGGUGGUGUCAGAGUCGGAGAAGGGAGUCGUAUUAGUAAUCAUUCUGAAGCUAUAAUUGUACAUAAUUAUGGACACGGUGGUUACGGAGUUUGCAUGGCACCUGGAACUGCUAGAGCAGCCGUGGAUUCAGCCGUCCAACUUUAUAAAUCUACGAGCUCCAAAAUAUAAUUACUCGUUCUACUUACUCAUCAUUUUUUCCAAUUAUGUAGAUCAUGCAUUCGUGUAUUACAGAAAAUAUGACAAAAAAAACUUGUGUUUCUGUCUGCA